GUUAUCAUUUCUGUUACUUGGCUUUGCGUUUUAAAGAACAGCCGAAUUUAAGUCCCUCACAGUUUUUAGCUUUGCAAACAUCAACAUGGACCAAGACAACAAUAUAGAGGAUGAGUCUGUCAGCCCAUCAAGAGAUCAUCAUGCAGAAGAGGAACCGCCUUGUAUACCUCCAGGACUUGCGGAUGGUGAAACCUUGGAGAUUUUGUGGGAGCUGCGAUCCAAGCGUCGCCAGUCGUCUCCUGAGCUCCCAGAGACGGUGACCUGUCUUACUGCCCCAGAUGGCAGUAUCCUGUACCUGGUGGGCACUGCUCAUUUCAGUGACAGCAGCAAAAAAGAUGUGGCCACGACAAUUUGCGCUGUGCAGCCAGACGUGGUGGUGGUGGAGCUGUGCCAGUACAGGGUGUCGAUGUUGAGGAUGGAUGAGAAUACGCUGCUGAGGGAAGCCAAAGAGAUCAACCUGGAAAAGGUUCAACAAGCCAUUAAACAGAAUGGGCUGAUGUCUGGUCUGAUGCAGAUUCUUCUGCUCAAAGUUUCAGCUCACAUCACAGAGCAGCUGGGGAUGGCACCUGGAGGAGAGUUUAGGGAGGCCUUCAAAGAGGCUGGACGAGUACCAUUUUGUAAAUUCCACCUUGGGGACAGGCCAAUCCCUGUGACGUUCAAGAGAGCUAUAGCUGCUCUCAGUCUAUGGCAGAAGGCUCGCCUUGCCUGGGGUCUUUGCUUUUUGUCAGAUCCAAUCAGUAAAGAGGAUGUUGAGAAGUGCAAGCAGAAAGAUUUGCUGGAGCAGACGAUGUCGGAGAUGAUUGGCGAGUUUCCUGCUCUUCAUCAAACCAUCGUGGCUGAAAGGGACAUCUACCUCACACACACACUCCGCCAGGCAACGCGCUGUGUGGAGUCCCCUUUUAAUGGCCAGAAAGUGCCUGCUGUGGUGGUGGGAGUUGUAGGAAUGGGUCAUGUUCCUGGCAUUGAACAAAACUGGGAGAAGGAGCUUAACAUUCAUGAAAUCAUGAGCGUUGCGUCCCCCUCACGCUUCGGCUGGUUGUUGCGCACAUCCAUAAAGGGUGUCUUGCUUGGAAUGCUAGGAUACGCCUGCUACCGUGCCGGGGGAGGUUUAGGUAGAGCCCUGCUGUCUCUACCUGCAGUUCAGUCUUUAUUGGACACAGUACGGCUUCGUCCUUCUUGACUCUGCUUGUUGUCUCUUAUCCGAGACAUGACCUUUAACCUCUCAAAACAAUGCAUUGAUCACCAGU